CAGACAGAUAUCAUCAUUCAUCAUGGGCGACUACAAACCAGACGAUAGUUUCCUCGAAACGAGACUCAAAUACAACGAAGAACGCUCAAAACGACUUCGAACCGAUGGAAACAACCAGUAUCUCGACCUCUGCUCUACCGACAACCUCAAGUCCCUCCUUCGAGACCCCUGGUCUACACCAGCAACAAACGAGAAUACACCCCUCCCUAAACACCAUCGAGUCCUCAUAGUGGGAGCAGGGUAUGGUGGUCUUCUUUUCGCUGUCCGCUUGAUCCAGUCUGGCGCCUUCACUGCAGAUGAAAUUCUCAUCGUGGACUCUGCGGGGGGUUUUGGAGGAACAUGGUACUGGAACCGAUACCCGGGGUUGAUGUGUGACACUGAGAGUUAUCUGUACAUGCCUUUGCUGGAGGAGACGGGAUACAUGCCUACGCAGAAGUACGUGCCGGGGAAUGAAUUGCGAGAGCAUGCAGAGCGUAUCGCGCAGAAAUGGGGACUGGAGGGUCGAGGUGUCUUUCAAACUGCCGUGAAGAGUCUACUCUGGGAUGAAGAGAACUUGAUCUGGAAGGCAGAUGUCCUGCAGAAUGGAGGCGAGGCAAUGGUCAACCUGACUGCGGAUUUUGUCAUCCUCGCUUCGGGGGUUGUUAAUAUCCCCAAAGUUCCCGAUUUCCCUGGGAUGGAGGAAUAUGACGGACACACCUUUCACACCUCGCGCUGGGAUUACGAUUAUACAUGCGGAUCACCUGAAGCCCCAGAAUUGACGAACCUCAAGGACAAAAGGGUGGGGAUUAUCGGUACCGGUGCUACGGCCAUUCAGGCGAUACCCCAUCUUGCCCAGUGGGCUAAAGAACUCUUCGUCUUCCAGCGUACCCCUUCAUCAGUCCAUCGACGAGACAACCGUACCACAGACGCAGAGUGGUGGGACAAGGAGGUCAAAUCCAAAGGUCCAGGAUGGCAGAGACAGCGUGCGGAGAACUUUGAUGCUUUCGUUUCCUCGAUCAUACCACCAGCAGAAGUUGACUUGGUGGAUGAUGGCUGGACUAAGCUAUCAACUUACAAUGCCCUGGUCGGGGGACCGUCGAAUUUAGAGCCAUCAUACCUGGAUACGCUACACAGCAGAGAUAUGGAAAGCCAAAACAGAGUGCGCCAGCGUGUCGACGACAUCGUCGAAAACAAAACAACAGCUGAAGCGCUCAAACCCUGGUACUCGACCUGGUGUAAACGACCCUGCUUUCACGAUGGAUACCUCCAAACCUUCAACAGGGACAACAUCACCCUCGUCGACACACAAGGCAAAGGCGUCAACCGCUUCACCAAGACCGGGGUAAUCGUCAACCCCGACAACACAGAGUACGACCUUGACCUUAUCGUCUUCAGUACCGGCUACAACAUCUCCGCACGACCCAGCCCCGCCUCGCGCGCUGAUAUUCCAAUCCUAGGCCGCAAUUCAACGACCAUGGAUCAGAAAUGGAUUCGUGGAGUCGCGACCCUGCACGGCGUCGUUACUCACGAUUUCCCGAACCUCUUCUUCCCGGGCACAAGUCAGGCUGGUGUCUCGCCUAACUUUGGAUUUGUUCUUGAUCAGCUCUCGAGUCAUGUUUCGUACAUAAUUUCCGAAGCUAUAAGGCAACAGGGUAAGAGUAAGGUUAUAAUUGAACCAUCUUCCACGGGAGAAGAAGACUGGACGAAGCUGUGCCUCGCUCAUGCCAAAGCCUUUGCAGGAAUGACCAACUGCACCCCGGGAUAUCUUAACGCAGAGGGAGGCGGAAGUGAUACCAUGUGCGCUGAGGGUAAGGUGUUGAAAGGAAGAAAGGCGGUCUUUGGGGGUGGAAUAGCAAAGUACCUUGAGAUUAUCGAGAAGUGGAGGGCGGAGGGAAAUCUCGAGGGACUGGAUGUUUAUGCUGGAUAGUCUUACCUUGGUUCCGGAUACUAUCUAUCAGUUGCAGUCCCAGACUUUGAAUUUAAUAAUUGGAUAAUCAAAUACAAAUCCCCUGAAAUGGUCA